CACCAGCGCCGCCAUUAUCUCUGGUGUUCCCGCCGCGGCGGCCCAAUCCGCAAAGGAACGCACCAAGACCCCCGAGGAAGGAGCUGAAGACGCAGGCCAAGAAGUUAAAACAAAUGACUCUACUGCGACCACAGAAGUAUCAGCAACGAUGUUUCAUUCGUCUACAGAGCCUGUGAACAAGCCAACUUCCGUAUCCCGAGAAAAAAGUGCUACAGUUACACACUUGUUGGAGCUUCUGCAUCACAAAUUUUCUCUGUGUGGUAGAGAAAAUUUGUAAUGCGACGAUCACAAGGGAAAACAGGAAGGAAACGAAGCACCGAAGCAUUUCCUGCAUGAGAAAGGUUGUCUCUGUUGCCAGUCUUGCAUGACAAUGUGUAACUGUAACACUUUUUUCUUGCGAUAUUCCUACGCCCUCCAGCACAAAACUUCUUCCGCAGCUGACCUCCUGAACAUGCUCACAACGGCAGCGAACAAAGACAAUAAAGUCUUCGACUCACCCGGAAAUGUUGAUCCCAUCGCUUCUUCGUUACUCACGCCUACCACAGCGAAUAACCAUUACACCUUCAGUGGGAUUGAUGGUUCCUCGAACAAGGACCAGCUGGAUUUUAACACGUACAUCACGUCCAAAGUGGGCAAUCUUUCCGGCGGCUCUGCGGGCAGCACAACCUGCUCGAGUUUUGUCAGCCGGAGCAGUUCGCGGACGGGCAAUGGCGCUACGUACACGACCGGGUUUCAUCUCCCCCCAAAUGGCCUGUCAGCUGGUGACCACAGGGGCACAACAACUCCUGGGAUCAUGAUGAACAACAACGGGGGGACCACAACUGCUUACCAAGAUCACCACGUUAAUGCCGACAGUUACUGCUCAAGCGCCGCCAAGGCAAACAUGCUGUCUGAUUUGAAACUCUC